GAACUUUUGGCCGUGAGAGCCCUCCCAAUACUGAGAGACUCGAGUGAUCUUUGUGACAUAUACAGGCACGGCUACUCACUUUGCAAAAAACGGCGUCGCCAACAUGAGUGCGAUCGUCGCUGUGUUGACCAACCCGAGCCUCGUCCAGGCGCUCACAGCCUACCAAGAUGGUGUCGCGCGGCACCUCUCGUGCAUCUGCCACCGCUACCGCAAGCAACUCGCUCGCUGGGCUCGAGUACAGCGACAUAGUGGCCCGGCCGCUACGAUCUUGGCGUCGCCGGCGCGCUUCCGCUGCUACGUGCUGUUCCAGCUCAUCAAGCGCGGUCAGUUUGAAGAGGCUCACGAGCUCAUCGACGAGGUUGGCGAAGAGGCUUUUGAGACGCCCGAGGACGGGCAUGCCCCGUACUUGUUUGCGCUCGACAAGGUGGCGGGCUGUGGUGACUUAGCACUGGUUCAAUUUCUGAGCGAGCGACGCCUCGGCCAGUGCACAUCAACGGCUAUGGAUGACGCAGCCGCCAAUGGGUACGUGGAUAUCGUGCGCUAUCUGGACGAGCACGAGACGGCAGGGUGCAGCUUUGUCGGCUUCUUGCUCGCGGAGCGCAAUGGGCACCCCGACGUCGCCGAGUACCUCAAGUCGCAUCGACCGCACGACCAGCAUCGCCCGCCGCACACCGACUCGAAGCUGUUGUACAUGGUGCCCGUCGUGUUAGCGCCUGUGACUGUGGGCGUCACUGUCGCUGUCGCGGCCUGUACGGUGCAGUAGUCUAUAAUCGUUAGUAUUUAUUUCUCUUGUGCGUUUGCAUGAAGCGUCAAAUCGAUACUAGUAGAAAUUACUAAGUUACUAG